AUGGACGGGUGGGACCUAAUAACAAAAAAAGCGUGUCGAGAUUACCUGUUGUCAUCCAUGUUCCAAGUUCCGGAAAGGUCACCAUUGCGAGAGUUGGGCGGGAAGUCGGGCUAUCGAGGUUCCGGAUCUCACCAACCGCAGCACCAUGAUGGGCCCGCCGUUCUUGAUACCCCAAUUCACAUAAAAGAGAGUGCGCCGGUUAAAGAAACGCUUCCCCAGGCUGCCCCUGUGAAAAGACGACCCAGGACGUCGCCGCCCAAAUGGGAAACAGCCGAUUAUUCGUUUGAUCAAGAGCAUGCAUAUGAGUCCCACGUCCAACGCAUGGCUUCAAGCAGCGGUCCAACAUCUAUGCCCUCCCUGAGACGCCAAAACGCAGUGCGAACACCGUUUGGUCGGGUUCGAGAUGCUGUCAAGAGAUUUUUGCGUCACCACCUUUUGCGUAAAUCGUCCAAGGUCAGUUUCCAUUUCACAAAGGCGUACUUGACGAGAAACACAUCCUUUGUUAUCACGCCGGACAUUUCAGCAUGGAACAUGAAGUUCAGAAAGCGGGACCUCAUCAAGAAGCGACCCCGUCCUUUGUCCUGGCAAAGUGCCCGGCCUGUAAAGGCGUUUAGAGGUGCCGAAGCGAUGGCCCGCACUGCCGGUCACCACGCAACCGGGGCACUUCGAGAGCUGGCAAUGUCGAACACUAGUCCCGACGGAGCGAACGAUGUGAAAGCCAAUGACAGCACCGGCGGUGAUUCUUGGACAAAGGUUAGCUUACCGGCCCAACCAGGUUAUGGUCCUGAACCGAUUCUCAGAAAAGUUAGUGGGCCCAGGCCAGCUCCUGGCACCCAAUCUCCAACACCUGAAUCAAGAGGCCUACGUGGACCAAGGCCAAUAUCUGCCCCCGCGGGACCAGUUGCGAUAUCUGUGACCCCUAAUCCCAUAAUUACUUCGGCACCGGGCCCAAUGCCGAAUCACAGAUUCUCUGCAAUCAUACCCCGCCGGCAAGAAGACGAGUUGGCCGGACUUGCGCUCUAUGAGAAUGACCCUGAUCCAGUAGACGUGUCGGAGGCCCUUCAAUUUGUAGACGCGUGGUCAUCGUACCUACGCCGGGCUAUUGCCCAACGGGCACUGCUUCGGAAAACGUUCGAGAAUAGCGAUAUCUCUCGAAAUGGAGGGAAUCUGAGUGCUUCAUCCGAGAGUGACGAUGGAUUCUCGGCUGAUUCUGACGGACCACAAAUCCUGGAAGAGUUGCUGGUUGCAACCCCAUCUCAGGCUGGCGGUAGUAACGAAGCUCGCUUUGGCACACCUGGACCACUGGUUAUCCAGCCUACGAUGACAAAAUCGAGAAAGCGUGUUUCACAAAUGUCCACCUUGAGUGAUAUGUCCCUGGGCGAGAUCCAAGAGGUCCGGAGGGUACCUACACUAAAGUCUAUCACUGCUCGCUACUCUCAUCUUUUUGGGAGCCACGGUAUUCGUGAAAUUGACACAUCCUGGGUGCCUGAGGCUGAAAACUCAGACUCUGGAGACAUACCUGCUGAAAACUCAGAGUCCGGAGACAUGCCUGCUGGCGGUAAAAACGGUGAUGAAGGCAUGUGGGUGUCCGGUCAACUUGGCGAAGAUACAACAGCAUGGCAAGCUACAGAUAGCGAUUAA